GUCACAACAGGAAGAACCAACACCCCAGACACUUCAACUACGCACUUUUCUCUGAGACACUUUGGACUCUUUGGAUCUGCUCAGUUGUGAGGUCUUCUUGAGCCGUAGAAAAUAUUGUCUGUAUUGUCGGCUCCUCCUGUGGGUCUGAGAUCACAUGAACCUGGACUGAGCAUGGAUCAGAGAGGACGGAGCCCCUCCCUCUAAAAAAGCUCACAGACCUGCUCCUGGGGCCAUGGCCGUCUCACUCAAGAGUGAUCACUCUAUAGGACGAUAUGUUGAUUUUAAAAGACACCAUGGUCCAGAUGGGCUUCAUGCGUCGGCUCCUCCUGAGGGUCUGAGAUCACAUGAACCUGGACUGAGCAUGGAUCAGAGAGAGACCAGAGAGGACGGAGCCCCUCCCUCUAAAAAAGCUCACAGACCUGCUCCUGGGGCCAUGGCCGUCUCACUCAAGAGUGAUCACUCUAUAGGACGAUAUGUUGAUUUUAAAAGACUCCAUGGUCCAGAGAUCCACCAGAAACAUCCUCCGUCUGAACCUGGUCCCAUCUGUGAGUCCCUCAGGAGUGACAGGUCUAUGAGACAGCCACUUAAUUUUUCCACAGAGCCAGUGGAGCAGCAGGGUCCAGAGGUCUCCAGUGGUCAGCACCAUCAGACACAGCUGGACUCCAUAUUUAAGCUUCUGGAGGAGGACAUCUUCACUUUUGUCCAGAAGGAGCUGAAGAAGCUCCACAAGGUUCUGAGUACAGAUUACCCAGAAUGCUUAGAGCCUGUGAAGGAUGAGGAUGAAGAGCAGAGGAGCAGCAGUGAGGCUGUUCUGAAGAUCACACUGAACUUCCUGAGGAGGAUGAAGCAGAAGGAGCUGGCUGAGCGUCUGUGGAGCAGGAGUUAUUCUGGAGUUUGUCAGCGUAAACUGAAGUCUAACCUGAAGCAGAAGUUUGAGUGUGUGUUUGAGGGCAUCGCUAAAGCAGGAAACCCCACCCUUCUGAAUCAGAUCUACACAGAGCUCUACAUCACAGAGGGAGGGUCUUCAGAGGUCAACCAGGAACAUGAGGUCAGACACAUGGAAACAGCCUCCAGGAAACCAGACCCAGCAGAGACACCCAUCACAUGUGAAGACAUGUUUAAAGGCCCAGCUCACACACAUGGACCAAUCAGAACAGUGCUGACAAAGGGAGUGGCUGGCAUCGGGAAAACAGUGCUCACUCAGAAGUUCAGUCUGGACUGGGCUGAAGGCAAAGCCAACCAGGACAUACAGCUGCUGUUCCCGUUCACUUUCAGAGCACUCAAUGUGCUGAAGGAGAGAAGCUUCAGCUUGGUGACACUUGUUCAUCACUUCUUUAGUCAAACACAAACACAACUCUGCAGCUUUGAAGACCUCCAGGUGCUCUUCAUCUUUGACGGUCUGGACGAGUGCAGACUUCCUCUGGACUUCACCAAAACCAAGGCCCUGACCGACCCCACAGAGUCCACCUCACUGCACGUGCUGCUGGUAAACCUCAUCAGGGGGAGCCUGCUUCCCUCCGCUCGCCUCUGGAUAACCACACGACCUGCAGCAGCCAAUCAGAUCCCUGCUGAGUGCGUCUCCAUGGUGACAGAGGUCAGAGGGUUCACUGACCCACAGAAGGAGCAGUACUUCAGGAAGAGAUUCACUGAUGAGGCCGACACAAUCAUCUCCCACAUCAAGACGUCCAGAAGCCUCCACAUCAUGUGCUACAUGCCAAUCUUCUGCUGGAUCGCUGCCACAGUCCUGGAGCAUGUGUUGAAAAGCAGAGAGAGAGACGAGCUGCCCAAGACCCUGACUCAGAUGUACAUCCACUUCCUGGUGGUUCAGGCCAAAGUCAAGAACAUCAAGUAUGAAGGAGGAUCUGAGACAGACCCACACUGGAGUCUAAAGACCAGGAAGAUGGUGAAGUCUCUGGGAAAACUGGCCUUUGAGCAGCUGCAGAGAGGAAACCUGAUCUUCUACGAGUGUGACCUGAGGGAGUGUGGGCUGGACGCUGCAGCAGCCUCAGUGUACUCUGGAGUGUUCACACAGGUCUUUAGAGAGGAGCCAGGUCUGUACCAGGACAAGGUCUACUGCUUCAUCCAUCUGAGUGUGCAGGAGUUUCUGGCUGCUCUUCACGUGCGUCAGACCUUCAUCAACACUGGGAUCAACCUCCUCUCAGAGAACCAAACUUCACUGACAGGUAGCAGCAAAUCAAUCCAGUUUUACCAAACAGCUGUGGAACAGGCCUUGCAGAGUCCAAAUGGACACCUGGACCUGCUCCUCCGCUUCCUCCUGGGUCUUUCACUGCCGACCAAUCAGAGCCUUCUACAAGGUCUGCUGAAACAGACAGGAAAAGGCUCCCGGACCCAUCAGAAAACAGCUGAGUACAUCAAGGAGAAGCUGAGUGAGGAUGUGUCUGCAGAGAGGAGCAUCAACCUGCUCCACUGUCUGAAUGAACUGAAUGAUCGUUCUCUGGUGGAGCAGAUCCAACGGUACCUGAGUUCAGGACGUCUGUCUGAAGGUGGACUGUCUCCUGCUCAGUGCUCAGCUCUGGCCUUCAUCUUACUGUCAUCAGAAGAAGCUCUGGACCAGUUUGAGCUGAAGAAAUACUCUGCUUCAGAGAAGGCUCUUUUGAAACUGCUGCCAGUGGUCAAGGCCUCCAACAAAGCUCUACUGAGCGGCUGUGACCUGUCAGAGAGAAGCUGUGAAGCUCUGUCCUCAGUCCUCAGCUCCCAGUCCUCUAGUCUGACAGUCCUGGAUCUCAGUCACAACGACUUGAAGGACUCAGGGCUGGAGAUGUUGUCUGUUGGUCUGAAGAGUCCUCACUGUAAAGUGGAACAGCUCAGUCUGUCCCUCUGUGGACUGUCCCCUCACAGCUGUGGGCCUCUGGCCUCAGUCCUCAGCUCCUCCAGUCUCACACACCUGGACCUCAGUGGAAACGACCUCCAGGACUCAGGAGUGGAGCUGCUGUGUUCUGGACUGAAGAGCGCCCCCUGCAGACUGGAGAUACUUAGGCUGUCUGGAUGUCUGGUCUCACAGAGGGGCGGGGCUGCUCUGUCCUCAGUCCUCAGUUCCCAGUCCUCUAGUCUGACAGUCCUGGAUCUCAGUCACAACGACUUGAAGGACUCAGGGCUGGAGAUGUUGUCUGUUGGUCUGAAGAGUCCUCACUGUAAAGUGGAACAGCUCAGACUGUCAGGUUGUCUGGUCUCAGAGGAAGGCUGUGCUUCUCUGGCCUCAGCUCUGAGGUCCAACCCCUCCCAUCUGAGAGAACUGGACCUCAGCUACAACCAUCCAGGAGACAGAGGAGUAAAGCUCCUGUCUGCUCUACAGGAGGACCCCCACUGCAAACUGGACACUCUCAGACUGAGCGGCUGUGACCUGUCAGAGAGAAGCUGUGAAGCUCUGUCCUCAGUCCUCAGCUCCCAGUCCUCUAGUCUGACAGUCCUGGAUCUCAGUCUCAACGACUUGAAGGACUCAGGGCUGGAGAUGUUGUCUGUUGGUCUGAAGAGUCCUCACUGUAAAGUGGAACAGCUCAGACUGUCAGGUUGUCUGGUCUCAGAGGAAGGCUGUGCUUCUCUGGCCUCAGCUCUGAGGUCCAACCCCUCCCAUCUGAGAGAACUGGACCUCAGCUACAACCAUCCAGGAGACAGAGGAGUAAAGCUCCUGUCUGCUCUACAGGAGGACCCCCACUGCAAACUGGACACUCUCAGACUGAGUCCUGCUGGAGAAAGAUGGAUGAAUCCGAUCAGGAGAUAUUUCUGUGAUCUCACUCUGGAUCCAAACACAGCUCAGAGAAACCUCAAACUGUCUGACAACAACAAGAAGGUGACACAUGUGACAGAGGAUCAGCCGUAUCCAGAUCAUCAGGACAGAUUUGACUACUGGAAACAGAUUCUGUGUUCCACUGGUCUGACUGGUCGCUGUUACUGGGAGGUCCAGUGGAGAGGAGAGGUUUAUAUAUCAGUGUCUUACAGAGGAAUCAGAAGGAAAGGACACAGAUAUGACAGUGCGUUUGGAUACAAUGAUCAGUCCUGGAGUCUGAUCUGUUCUGGAGGUCGUUUCUCUGUUCAUCAUAAUGACAAACACACCUUCCUCCCUCAGCCCUGGUCCUCCUCUUCUGGGACAGUCUCAGUGUUUGUGGACUGUCCUGCUGGCUCUCUGUCCUUCUACACAGUCUCCUCUGACCAACUGACCCACCUCCACACCUUCAACACCACCUUCAACUCCACCUUCACUGACACUCUGCUCCCUGGGUUUAGUCUCUGUUCUUCUGGCUCCUCAGUGUCUCUGUGUCGCACAGACUCACCCUCCUCUGUGUAAAAUACAACAAAUCUGUACAAAAAUCACUGUGGAAAUGUUUUAUUUUCUCUCAAAGACAAACUGCAGACGUCAUGUAGUAGU